CCUCUCCUCCCUCGCCUCCCUCGCUCCGGCCCCGUUUUCCUCCCUCCCCCCCGCCUCCACCCCAGGCCCGCUCCCCACCUGGUCCGGGCCAGCUGUGCCCGGCGUGGGUGGGUGUCCCGCGAUGGAGCUGCUGCAGCCGGACCCCGCCGCACCGAGCCCCGCUCUCAGCCCCGCCGGCGUGCGCGGGGGCGCCGAGCGUCCGAGCCACCUCCCGGGCCUCCGGCGGGGAGCUCAGGGCCUCUUGGGGACCCCGGAGCGCGCGGCCACUUUCUCGCCGGUCGCCACCCUCACCCAGACCAUGCACGACCUCGCUGGACUCGGCAGGGAGGCCCCAAAGAGUCAGGUAGGCAGCCUGCACACAUGCCUAUCCCUGUCCCCGCGGCGAGCGUCAGCAUCCUCCCUGUCGUCUGAGUCCUCUGAAUCUUCUGAUGCAGGGCUCUGCAUGGAUUCUCCCAGCCCCAUGGACCCCCAGAUGGCGGAGCAGACGUUUGAGCAGGCCAUCCAGGCAGCUAGCCGGUUCGUUCGAAGCAAGCAGUUCCCCAUCCGACGCUUCCAGUCCUUGCCGGUGAGGCUUCUGGCCCACAGCCCUGUGCUGCGGAACAUCACCAAUGCCCGAGCGCCUAGCAGCUGGAAGAAGAGCGAGGCGCGUGACCAAACUGCCCACAGCUCUGAGGAGGAUAAGGAGAAUGUGCGCUUCCGGCAGGCCAGAGUGGGACCACUCCAGGGAGAGAGAGGGGCAUGCUGUGGUGCUCUGGCAUGUGAUGACGCCACCUCCCCCCGCCCACAGGAUGGGUUUGUCUUCAAGAUGCCAUGGAAGCCCACACAUCCCAACCACGCCCAUGCUCUGGCUGAGUGGGCCAACCGCAGAGAAGCCUUUGCCCAGAGGCCCAGCUCGGCCCCCGACUUGAUGUGCCUCACCCCUGAGCGGAAGAUGGAAGUAGAGGAGCUGAGUCCCCUGGCCCAGCGCUUCCCCCUGACCCCCACCACGGGAGUUCCUGACGAAGAUGAUGGGUUUGUGGACAUCCUGGAGGAUGACUUAGAGGACGCUGAUUCAGUUCCCCCAGGCAUGGAGAGCCUCAUUAGCGCCCCACUGGUCAAGACUUUGGAAAAGGAGGAGGAGCAGGACUUCAUCAUGUACAGCAAGUGCCGGCGGCUCUUCCGCUCUCCGUCCAUGCCCUGCGGUGUGAUCCGGCCCGUCCUCAAGAGACUAGAGCGACCCCAGGACAGGGACCUGCCCAUACAGAACAAGCGGAGGAAAAGUGUGACCCCUCUGGAGGAGCAGCAGGAGGCCGAGGAACCUAAAGCCCGGGUCCUUCGCUCCAAGUCCUUGUGUCACGACGAGAUUGAGAACAUCCUGGACAGUGACCACCGUGAACUGAUUGGGGAUUACUCUAAGGCCUUCCUCCUACAGACUGUGGAUGGGAAGCACCAAGACCUUAAGUACAUCUCACCAGAAACGAUGGUGGCCCUGCUGAUGGGCAAGUUCAGCAAUAUCGUGGAGAGGUUUGUGAUUGUGGACUGCAGAUACCCCUACGAGUAUGAAGGCGGGCACAUCAAGACGGCUGUGAACCUGCCCCUGGAACAGGACGCGGAGAUGUUCCUGCUGCAGAGCCCCAUCACACCCUGUAGCCUGGACAAGAGAAUCAUCCUCAUUUUCCACUGUGAAUUCUCAUCUGAGCGUGGGCCCCGCAUGUGCCGUUUCAUCAGGGAGCGAGAUCGAACCAUCAAUGACUACCCCAGCCUCUACUAUCCUGAGAUGUACAUCCUCAAAGGCGGCUACAAGGAGUUCUUCCCGCAGCACCCGGUACCACCUUUCUGUGAACCCCAAGACUAUCGGCCCAUGAACCACGAGGCCUUCAAGGAGCUGAGGACCUUCCGCCUCAAGACGCGCAGCUGGGCCGGGGAGCGGAGCCGGAGGGAGCUCUGCAGCCGCCUGCAGGACCAGUGAAAGGCCAGCCACGGACUCACCUAUCUUCAUUGCCUCGAGUGGCCUGGGCACCACCUACCCAGAGGCCUGUAAUAGUGAGGAUCUGCUGGAGGCCCCAGGACAGUGAGGGUGUCCUGUCCAUGCGCCCCAGCCCUGAUCCCCUUGUCUCACUCCAACCAUACUCCAUACCCUGGUGCCACCCCUCUACCCACACCCCAGCUCCUAGAAGAACCCAGCCUGUUGACAGUGAAACUGGAUUAUGUCCAGCUCAAAGGAAGUAUUUUGUGUCCAACAGGAAUCUUUUGCUUUUUUUCUUCCUUGUUUGGGUUAACCCUUUGUCUCCCUGUGUCCAGAAAAGUCCCCUUUUUUCCUAGAGGCUUUGUUUGUAUGUUUGAGGCUGAGGGAAGCCACAGCCCCAAGAUGGGCCAGAGCCGCGCUCCUCCCUGCCCUAGGAGUAGCACCAUGCCCUGGCCCUCAGUAGCACUCCUACGUGUGUCUGCGUGUUCCUGCUUCCUCAUUCCCUCUUUCCUGUCCCUCCUUACGUACACCUCCAGCACAAACAUAAGCUCUUACUCUUCCUGUUUCAGUGUUACCUGCAUGCCUGACUUGUCUGUCUGAUUUUUUUGCCCAUCUCAGGUCAUUCACAGGUGGUCAAGCGGUCACCUGAAGGGAGGGCUGCCCCACCCAAAGUUACCCAUUAGGCUCUCCCGGUCCAGUUGGGGUUAUGGACUCAAACCUUAAUUACCCACUUGGCCUGUCUUCUGUUGCCUCAGAAAGGGAUGUUAUACUUGGGGGCCCCUGGGUGAGGGCUAAGGCCUGCGUCCUUACCCUCACUGGAAGCCCAGCCCCCACUGCUGUGAACCCUGGGGGCCUGACUUGUGAGAACUUGCUGCUGUCUUGUCAUGAAUGAACAGACGGAUGGACAAACGGAUGGAUGAUGAAGGGAUGGAGAGCUGUAGAUGCACAACGCCUCGCACACAAACCACUGGGUGGAAGCAUUUCCGUGAGCGUGACAGCCUUUGGCAGGAGUAUAUAUGUGUCUGUCUGGACAAAAUCUUUACACUUUAAGGUUUGAAAAUAUUCAAGAGGAAAUGUCGAGGUGGCAGCUAAACCAAGGUCAGAACCACCUCUGACUUUUUAAUCUCAGGAUGUGGGAAGGGCUGUGCUUGAAGGUCCUGAUGAGUCAUCUGUUAGGGCCUUGUUUCAAUAAAGCACUGAACAAGUUGAGCAACCA